AUCUGGGUUCUCAGGGAACCGAGGUUACAGUCGUAACCCAGACGUUUUCAGCCUGGUGUUGCUCUUAAAGUCUUCCGUACGGAAACCAACUCGCGCCUAGGCUACUGCAUGCUUGCAUGACUUGUUAGCUGGCUGUCAGUCGUUCAGUUCCUGCCAGAGUGUGUGAUCGUGGCGAUGCAGGAGUGGAGGGAACGAGUGUUGUAUGUAAAUGAGGGUUUCAGAAUCUGAGUGAUCCGUCAGAGAAUUUCAUGUGAUAAGACAUUGCGAAUCCCACCCGUUGAUUUUAUACUUGCGUGGUAUUAAGGUUGUGAGCUGGCUGGGACGAUAAUCUUUCGAACUGAAAGUCAUCAUUGCCUCAUCUGUUUCCUCCACAGAAGACUGCCCUCUCUUGGCCAUGCUUGCUGUGUGUGCUCUGGUGCUGCUGGUUGCUCCUGUAUACUCAUCAGCCCACUCAGACACACACCGACCCAGACAUGACACCAACCUGGAGAUCUACAAGCGUCUGUUUGAGACGAAGAGGAAAGACCAGCUGAACGCGCUGAAGAACCUGGUGGAGCUUAAUGACAUCAACCAGCAGUACAAGAUCAUCGACAUCAUGCUGAAGGGCCUCUUCAAGGUGUUGGAGGACUCGCGAGCCACCAUUGUGGCCGCCAACCUGCAGCCAGACGACCCGUUUCCCCUGGACGACAAGAUCAAGGAGGCAUACUCCCACGUGGUGGAGAACACGGCGUUCUUUGGGGACGUGACCCUGCGUUUCCCGCGGAUAGUGCACCACUACUAUGACCGCAAUGGAGACUGGGGCACGCUGCUGCGCUGGGGCCUGAGCUUCUGCAACCUGACCGGGGUGUUCACCGGAGGAGUGCACCAGCACGUCCUUACACUGAUGUCCCAGGAGCUGGGGAUAACUGAGAAGUCCCCCGACUUUAUCAACCCCUAUCGCACAGAGAAGGAUGAUAUGUUGCACACAGCAGAGGCCUUCCAGAAAGUUCUCCGGGAAGAAGAGAAGAGGAGAAGGAAGGAGGAGAAGAGGAAAGAGAUUAGGAAAGGCCCUCGGAUCUCUCGCUCCCGCACAGAACUCUAGCUUUUCACCUUUGUGUGUGUGAGUGUAAUGCCAUGUGUGAGAAAAAAAUAUAGAGAAAUCGGAGAAAAGAGAGCGAAAGAGAAAGAGAGCGAAAGAGUAAAAUGUUCUAGCAAAAGCAAAACGAAUAGCUCCCUCCCAUCCCAUAUGCGGUGCCAGGCCCCUGGGUGGAUUGGAGAGAGCGUAGAAAAGAGAGCGCACGCGUUGAGAGUAGACAGAGAGACCGAAAAAGACAGAAACGAAUCCUUUUGUUUCAGAUGCAGGCAGGUGGAAUGUUGCACCCCGGGGUUUUAAAUCACCUCGAUUCUCAAGGGUCUGUGUGUAUUUGUGGGUUUUCAUCGCAGACAAGCUUUUUUUGUAUGAUGUCCUUCUUAACCCACCUGUGUUUUAAUUGCUGUUGCCUGCCAAUGCCUUCUUCACACUGAAACACACUUGAGAAUCGACGAGAGAGUGUCAUGUUAAGUCAGUGUAAUCAGCAUUUGGGGAUCUAUACUUUGAACGAUUCGGCAUAGGAAUUGAACUGUAUGCAGAAACGUAGGAGCUUCUGAAAUUGGAGUUUGGAGCUUUAUAAAUUGGCUUACAUGGCCAGAGGGAAUUUCAUCAGAUACAGCGAUAUUCGAGGAGAGGAGACACGUAAUGAUUACCUUCAGACAGAUAGAUAAAUAUGUGCUGACAGCUGUAUGCCGUUUACAAGACACUGAAGAACAUUUCAUUACCUCAUUUCUUUUCCAUGAUCAAAUUGUCAAGAUUUUUUUUACUGUAAUGCAGGCUGUCUUUACUUGCUUUAAUGUCAUUUCUGAGGGGAAACAUCUUGUUGAGUUUGAAAUGUAAAGAUGCUUCAGCUGCUCCCAGGAAUAUGUGCACUGUUUUAUUUAUUGCCUGGAGCGUGUAUGUCAUUGUUGAUGGAUGCCUUUUUUUUCUUAAACCAUUGUUACUGGUAAUAUGAUAUGUGUUAUCUUCCUGAUGAAGCAUCACAAAUGAAUUGUACUUGUAGAGUAUGACUAGUUACAAGAUGUAGAGGUACGGUUUGCUCUGAAAAUUCAGGACCAGUUUGAUAUUUUGAUAUUUUUGUAUGUUUUCUGCUGCCAUUAGCAAAAUAAAAGUAACUUUUUCAGCAA